AUGUGCAAAGAAGCGGAUGAUAAUAAUAAGAAUGAUGAACCAGUAGUUCCAAUUAUUCCUGAAGGUCUGCCAGAACCCAUCAAACAAGCAGAAAGACCAGAACAAGCCGUUAAAGUACCAAAACAUACAGUAACUGCUCCAGACUCUGAAAACCCAGGCAAAAUCACUCAAUUCCAAGAUCUCGCCCUUUCAGACAUUCAAGAAAAUACAAAAGCAAUGUAA